AUGUCGGUGUACGAGAUUGGUGCUAUACUGAUUAGAAUCCUUCACAGGCAGAAUGCACAGCAAAAAUACAAUGCAAAGCACAUAUGCCAGAUCCACAAAUCAAAAGGCAACAGUUGCAGAGACAACGAGAACGAGACGAGCACGGGAUGA